AUGAAGGCUGUAGCUCUCUUCAUUUGUCUUGUAGGAUCAGCUUUUGCUAUUCCAACCCAUACCUUAAACUACCAGCUUGGAAACCAUGGGCAGAAAAAUCCAGAAAAGACUGAAGAUAUUCAUCCUGACGACCCAAAGGAAGAGAAUGCAGGGUAUGUAGACAAGGGUGAUUUGCUGCUCAGUCACAAAAAUCUAAAAGCAGAGGUGUCAGUACCAGACACUGAGGACAGGGACGAGUCCCUGACCUCUAGAAAACAAGGAAGAAAUGGAAGUGAUCAUCAAGUGAAAAACACCCUAAAAAGCAUCAAUUUCCUUGCACAGCACAAUAAACCAGGUUUGGCUGAUAGCCAGGACAGUGAGCCUGGAGGCAGUGGCAGAGAACACUUCAGCUCUGAGCAUUACCAGUUCAGGAGGCAUGAGAAGCACAGCAACACUGCCAACCAACAUGUCCUGGGCAAUGCAGAAAAUCCAGUGGAUGCCCUGAGUCUCGAUCAUGAGCAUAACACGUGGAAAUAUAAUAAAAAUAUGGUUGGCCUAUCUGAAAAAAACAGUGACAGUGAUGAAGAUGUGGAAGAUGAUGAUGAGGAAUGGGGUGAAGAAGCUGAUUACAGAGAUACGAAGCACAAAGGCCACCAGACAAACCAAGGUAGCCAACACAAAAGGCAGCAAAAUGAAAACAGUAUGCAAUCUGAUGAAAUCGUGAGAGAUUCCAGUCAACCAAUUCGGAUAACCAAGAGACAUGGUGAGAAAUUUGACCUAGAGGAAGAAGAGAGGGAGAAGAGCCAGAAAAAGCCCUAUGAAGAAGAAAUUCCCCUCUCUCAAAAAACCCAUAACAAAGAUCAGGAUGACAAACACCAAGGCCAAGAGAGGAAAGACAAUAUUCAAGUAAACUAUCAGAAAGAUCACAACACAGUGGUGAAAAGACAAGAUACAGAGGACAGUAAUGUUGAUGAUGAUGAUGGUCAUGACAGUGGUGAUGUUGAUGGUGGGGAAGAUCUCAGCAAUACCUGGAAAGAAGCAGCUUAUGAGGAAGAUGAGAGAAUCCAGAACAACGACCAGGAGAGCACCAGUACUGAGCAUGAAGGGGAAGUAACCACUGAGGAAGACACUGCAGUCCACAGAGAAACCAAGGAUUACCAAGAUGUCAAGAUUGAAGACCUUGUUCACUCUGAACACGAUGAUAAUGACCAGGAGCCACCAAAUUCUGACCGUGGACAACACCUGGAAAUGAGUAGCUCUGUUCAGAGCAUGAAUUCAAUGGAAAGUGAAGAUAAGGUCAAGACUACAGGCAGUUCCUAUGGUGAGGUGGAAAGUGCAAGCCACGGGAGUGAGGAGGCUCUCCUGGACCCAUGCAGGAACUUCCACUGCAAAAGAGGUAAAGUCUGCCAUGCGGACAAACAAGGGAAACCCAGCUGUAUUUGCCAAGAUCCUGCUGCUUGCCCUUCCACCAAAGACUAUGAGCAUGUUUGCGGUACGGAUAAUAAGACUUAUGAUGGCACAUGUCAACUCUUUGGCACCAAAUGUAGACUUGAAGGGACAAAAAUGGGACGCCAGCUGCACCUAGACUAUAUGGGCUCCUGCAAAUACAUCCCCCACUGUACUGAUUAUGAAGUGGAUCAGUUCCCCCUCCGGAUGCGAGACUGGCUCAAAAACAUCCUUAUGCAAUAUUAUGAACGUGAUCUGGAUACCUCUGGAUUUCUAACUGAAAAGCAAAGGAGUAAGGUCAAAAAAAUCUACCAGAACGACAAGCGCCUCAUGGCUGGUGACCACGCAGUUGAGCUGCUCCUGCAUGACUUUGAGAAAAAUUAUCACAUGUAUGUGUACCCUGUGCACUGGCAGUUUUAUCAGCUCGAUCAGCACCCUGUUGACAGAUUAUUAACACACUCUGAGCUCGCGCCUUUGAGAGCCUCCCUUGUUCCCAUGGAACAUUGCAUAACCCGUUUCUUCCAAGAGUGCGAUGGAGACCAAGACAAACUCAUUGCUUUGAAGGAAUGGUGCCACUGCUUUGGGAUUAAGGAAGAAGACAUAAAUGAAAAUCUCCUGUUCUGA